UGCUCCCAGUAUAUUUGACAAUAAACGCCAGGACCCGACUGGGUUGACAGCCCUGCUGCAGUCCACAGACCUGGUGGGAGUGGUGCACACUCUGUAUUGCAUCCUGCUGCACAGUUUCUCGCCGGAGUCUUCCUCCCAGAGUCAGGAGCCCUACGGCCCCGGGGUCAUCCAGGUGGCUUUGCAAGGCAUCCGCUUCCUCAACAGUUUUGCCCUGCUUGACCUUUCUGCCUUCCAGUCGGUUUUAGGAGCUGAGGGCCUGUCUCUGGCUUUCCGACACAUCGUCAGCUCGCUGCUCUGGUACUGCACCCAGCACUCGUCUGAAGAGCUGCUGCACGAAGUCAUCAUCUGUGUGGGAUACUUUACCAUCAACCACCCGGACAACCAGAGUGACCCAUUGUUCCUCCUGGUAAAGCAGAGCGGCGUGCUGGCCCCGGUGUUACAACUACUUAGGGGGCUCUGUGGAAGUGAGCAGGAUGUGAUGGAGCAGACCUGGCUGCUGU